CACUUGGUGGCUGCUUGAGAAAGGAUGCCAAACCAGCUAUGAUUUGCACUAGAAAUGAUUUAUCAGAAUGGAAGGAUUUCCCAAAGGGUCUCAGGGUCCUCCUCCUUGAUGAGGACAACGAUUCUUCUGCAGAGAUAAAAUCAAAGCUUCAAGCUAUGGAUUAUAUAGUAUAUUCCUUCUGCAACGAAAAUGAAGCUCUUUCUGCAGUUUCAAGUAGACCCGAAAGCUUCCAUGUAGCCAUUGUAGAGGUCGGUACAAGCAGUAACAAUGGGGGUCUGAAGUUUCUUGAAAUUGCUAAGGACUUGCCUACCAUUAUGACUUCGAACAUUCAUUGUAUCAGCACGAUGAUGAAGUGCAUAGCUCUUGGCGCAGUUGAGUUUCUUAGGAAACCACUAUCCGAGGAUAAACUAAGGAAUAUAUGGCAGCACGUAGCUCAUAAGGCAUUUAGUGUAGGGGGGGAUGACCUUUCUGAACCACUAAAGCCUGUUAAAGAUUCUGUGGCUUCUAUACUGCAUCUGCAAUCGGAAGGAGAACCUAAGCAUGAGCACUCCGAUAAAAUAGAAGAUGCAUCUGUGGUUCAAGAAAAUGACUGUGAACUAUCAGCAGUAAAUAAUAAGUACCCGGCUCCUUCAACACCACAAUUAGAACAGGGUGGAAGAUUGUUAGUCAAUGAAGAUGGCCAAGAACAUAUUAACUGCUCAACUGAAAAAGAGAGUGGGGAGCCGGAUGGAGAAUCAAAAUUUGUCGAAACUACCAGUGGCAAUGUAGUUGCUGAACUAACUGCGCCAGUUGACCAACCACAGGGACAAAGGGAGACUAUGGUAAAAGAGGAGGAUGACUUAGUCAAUGAUACCAACGGUGAGCGUAUUGUGGAAUCUCAUCCUCAAGAUAGAGUAAACAGCCAAGAUUCUCGUGCUGGUGCCAAAAGGCCAAAUACCGUGUCUGGUCUUCAUAGUUCUGGUCCGAAUAAAGCUAAUCUAAAAAAAUUGAAGGUAGACUGGACAACUGAACUGCACAAGAAAUUUGUCCAGGCUGUGGACCAACUCGGGAUAGAUCAAGCCAUACCUUCCCGAAUACUAGAGCUGAUGAAGGUAGAAGGAUUGACAAGGCACAAUGUAGCAAGUCAUCUCCAGAAGCAUCGAAUGCAUAAGAGACACAUCUUACCUAAGGAAGUUGAUCGAAGAUGGCCACGAGGAGAUCAAACACAAAGGAGUUGUUAUCCACAUAAACCGAUCAUGGCCUUCCCUCCGUGUCCCUCCAAUCAUGUUGUCCCUGUCAGUCCUUUCUAUCCCAUGUGGGGAACACCUCAUCCGGUCAGCAUCCAGUCAUGGGGCUCACAAGGUUACUGCCCGUGGCAACCAACUGAAACCCGGCAUUGGAAGCCCUAUCCAGGGAUGCAUGCUGAAGCAUUGGGUUGCCCUGUUAUACCCAUACCUCCGGGACAUUGCUCGGAACAAUCAAAAUAUGCAGAAUGCUCAUGGAUUCAUUAUUCGAGCACCACGGAUAACAGUGGCAUGCCUCGAAGUCCUGUUGAACAUCAGCCGGCAGAGGAGGUGAUCGACGAGGUUGUGAAAGAAGCAAUAAACAAGCCAUGGUUGCCCUUGCCCUUGGGCCUCAACCCACCUUCUACUGAUAGUGUGAUAGCUGAGCUCUCUAGACAAGGCAUCUCCACCGUCCCCCCUCGGAUCAACGGAUCUAAUUCAUGCUGACGUGGCACUAGAUCGGUCCCACCGGAAGCAUGCACUACGUC